AUGAGGCCGAGGGACGCCCAGGGCCUGGGCGGCGGCGGCCUGGGCGGCCUGGGCGGCCUGGGCCUGGAGGUCUUCUCGGAGCAGCAGCUUCGCGAGACGUGCCUUCGCCUCGAGGGCCGCGUGCGGAUGCUCCGAAGCUUCCUGGAAGACCUGCACUGCGAGAAUGCCACGCUGCGAAGGCAGCGGGCCGUGCUCAGCGACCGUCUAGGAGAGGUGGAGGACUCCCUGUGCGUCGCUGCUGCCUCUGGAGACGCUGGCGAUGGAGAGGACAGAGACGGUGUACCACCGCUGCAAGCCCCGAAGGAGCUUGUCGGGCAAAAUCCUGAUGGAGUGGAGCUUACUUGGCAGCUCUCCAACUGCCAGCAGCGACCGCCCCAGGCCCAGGGGAGCGGAGAGCUUCAAGUUCUGACGGAGAAGGAGCUCGAGCUACGGCGAUGCCAAGCACAGGAGGAGCAACUGCGGAUGGAGGUCUGUGAGCAUCAGCUCAGCAGGGUGCAGAUGGAGCAGGAGUUCGAGCUACGGCUACGGCGAUGCCAAGCCCAGGAGGAGGAGGAGCAGCAGAUGGAGGCUGGGAUGGUGCAGCCGUUGGAUGUGAGAGGCUUUUUCAAAGGCACUUACACGAACGCGCGGGCUCAUGACACUCCCGUGAGCUCAGAGAAGAUCCUCUUGGGCCCUUCGGCCCACGCUUCGGCCGCUGCCUUCACCUGGGCGGCCGCAUCGCCUGGCAGCGGCCAGGCGGACGCACGCAGCGAGCGCAGCGAGCGCAGCGGCCCAGGCAUCGCACAGUCUGUCACCAGUUUCGCGCUUGCACAUUCGCACAUCCUGCAGCGGAAGGUGCUCCCGGCCGGAGAAGCAUCGCAGAGCCCACAGGGGGGAAGUUCUGCUGAGCUCCAGCUCCCGCCGCCGCCUCGCAGUUCCCCGGCACGGGAUGUCUCCGAGCUUCGCCCUGCAGAUCUCAAGCUCACAGUCCUAACAUCGGACAGUCGCUGGGAAACCUUGAUGUUCCACUCCGGCAACUUCGAGAAACAGGCUUUGGAGUUCCUGAGGCAGAAGAAGCUCAAGGCAGCCUUCGUCGGAGGUCUAGCAGCAAAAAUGAAGGCCAUGGUCGCUGCUGGUCAGGCACAGUCUUCGGUUGAUAUCGUGGACUUGAUCUGA